AGCAGAUCUUUGUAAAAUGUUAAAUACUUUUGUCGCUACACCUUUUAUUCCAGAUACACGGUAUAUGAUAGAUAAAUUAUUUUAUCCAGGAGAAGGAAUAAAAUACCAUGCAGUUUGCCCAACAUGCAAAACACAUAUAGGUGAAUUUUGUAAGAACAAUCAUAUAAUUUUUUGUCAGGUUUGCGAAGAAGAAAUUAAUGUAAAAGACCCAUGUUACCGUGAUUUCUUUGUCACAUUAGAUAUAACAGAUGAAAUCCAAAGCAUCAUAGAGAGUAACUCUGAUUAUUAUACUACAGUUAUCGCCGAAAGAGAACAAGUAAUUGAUAACAACUUGCAAGACAUUCACGAUGGCCGAAAGUAUAAAGAGUUCAUUGCGUCACUGCCAGAUGAUCAUAAAAAAUCUUACUUAACAGUAAUUUUUAAUAGUGAUGGGUCGCCUAUUUUUAAGAGCGCCAAAUUUUCUAUAUGGCCAAUUCAAAUAAUUCCUAAUGAAGUACCAAUGCAUGUGCGUAAUCAAAAAUCAAUAGUAUAUUCCUUAUGGUUUGGUCAUGAUAAACCGAACAUGAUUUAUUUUUUACGUCCCUUUGUUGACAGCAUGAACAGUUUGACAACAAAUGGAAUAGUUUGUAAUAUCAAUAAUGAAAUAAGACGAAUUCACUUAUAUGCCUUGUGCUGUUGUGUUGAUGCUGUAGCACGGCCAACAAUGCAAGGUACAACUCAGUUUAACGGGUACUAUGGAUGUAACUGGUGUCUCCAUCCAGGAAUACCAGUUCGUUACAAUAAAGGCACAAGUGUAAAAUACACUUUACUCAAUGAAAUUCCAGCCAGAAGAACAGCCGAACAAACUCUACAGCAUAUUCAAGAAGCAGUAAAUACAAAUACAUCGGUUUUCGGUAUUAAGAAGGCUUCACCAUUAUUGAAUUUAAGAGAGUUUGAUAUCAUCGAUGGUUUUGUACCAGACCCUAUGCAUUGCAUGGAUUUGGGUAUUGCAAAACAAUUCGCAGAAUAUUGGCUCGAUUCAUCAAAUAUGCCAUACUCAAUUUCAAAUUCUUACAUAGAUAUUAUUGAUAAGCAAAUAAAAGCCUUCAAGGUGCCAACUAAACUCGUUCGAUUAUCGCGAUCGAUCUACCAUCGUAAAUAUUGGAAUGCUGCGGAGUGGGAAAAUUGGCUGUUAUUCUAUAGUUUGCCUGUAUUAUCACAAUUACCUAAUUUCCAAAAUUAUGUGCAGCACUGGUUUUUAUUAGUAGAAGGGUAUUAUUUGUUAUUACAACCUUUCAUUAGUGAUGCUGAAUUACGUAGAGCAGAUAAACUUUUAAGAAGAUUUGUUGCCUUAACACAAUAUUAUUAUGGAGAGAGUGCGAUGUCUUUUAAUGUCCAUCAAGUCAGUCAUCUUUCACAGAGUGUUGCUGAUUGGGGACCACUUUGGUCACAUUCUUGUUAUCCAUUUGAAUCUGGCAACGGGCACAUUAUAAAAUGCGUGCAUGCCGCUAAAGGAGUCUUAAGUCAAAUAUGUAGAACUCUUUCAAUUAAGCAAAGUAUUAUGAUGUUAGAAAGACAUGUUUUAGCGAAAGAUUUUUCACCUGUAUUAGACUAUUGCUAUUACUUACAAAAUAGAUGCACAAUAAGAACUGAGAAAUUUGGAAUAAACAGAUAUUUCGGGAAAGAAUUACGAGUAGAUCCUAUAAUAAUAAAUCAAUUAAAUUUGUGUAUAGAGCGUACUAGGGCAUACGGAAGAAUGGUAAAAAAUAAGUGUUUAUUCAAGUCU